CGCCGUUAGGGUCAGGCUCGCCGGCCGGGAGCCAUGAGUUCCUUCCGCCAGCGAGCCGCCGCGUUCCGCUCUCAUUUACUCCUCGCUCAACUCCGCUCGGUGUUUAAGGAAGCGUUGAGACUCUCUGAGACCGCGCUGCGGGCCGACCCCCACCAGCUCGGGGCACCGGCAGCGGCUUCCGCUCCCCAAGCCAGAGAGACCCCCGCCAGCUCCCCCUGCAAGCGGACUCGACCUGCCAAGGAGGGCGACAUGCGGCUGCGCUUUGUGAGGCUCUCCGAGCACGCCACGACCCCGACCCGGGGGUCGGCGCGCGCCGCAGGCUACGACCUGUACAGUGCUUAUGAUUAUACAAUACCACCUAUGGAGAAAGCCCUUGUGAAGACGGACAUUCAGAUAGCUCUUCCUUCUGGGUGCUAUGGAAGAGUAGCUCCACGUUCUGGCUUGGCUGCAAAACACUUCAUUGAUGUAGGAGCUGGUGUCAUAGAUGAAGAUUAUAGGGGAAAUGUUGGUGUUAUCUUGUUCAAUUUUGGCAAAGAGAAGUUUGAAGUGAAAAAGGGUGAUCGAAUUGCUCAGCUCAUUUGUGAGCAGAUUUUUUAUCCAGAAAUUGAAGAAGUUCAAGUCUUGGAUGAUACUGAAAGGGGUUCAGGAGGUUUUGGUUCUACUGGAAAGAAUUAAAAUUUGGGCCAAGAAUAGAAAAUGAAAAGGCAUAGUUUUUAUUAAAAAUAAUAGGUUUUGCGUCAAGUGUUUUUGGUGUUUUGCACCAUAGUAAACUUAAUAGUUUUAACUUGUAAAAAAGUUUAUUUUCUUAACGAUAGAAGGAAAAGUUACUUCUGUCGGGAUUAUAUGGAAACUUAUUUUGUGUUUCUGAAAUUGCUAGUAUGAAAAUCUAUCUGUUUUGUGAAUACUUGACAAGUUUUAAAAAAUCAGAUGUACAAUUUAAUUCAAUAAAGAGUAUCUCAUUGGUUCUGCUUUAA